CUGCCGUGGAAAUCAACGUUUAUUAUUAAUCUGGAAGAGUUUAAAGUGAAAAGUGUUUUGGUGAAUCAUAACAGAGUGUCUUGACUCUUAACCAGUACCCGUUCCUUUUUAAUUUAUGCCCGAUGACCGAACUACCAAACUUGUAGGUUAAAGUUUCUUUCUUGUUGUAAGAUGGACUCGUCCAUUUUGCGACAUAGCCGACUCCUUGAACUCAGGCAAACUAUUGAAUGGAUUUUCCGCUAGAAUUUUUAUUUCAAAACUAAACAAAUUGGUAUAUAUACAAAGAGAAGCUUAAGGACUAAAUGAAGGAGCAGUCUCAAAUGAUGGCAUUAGCAUUUAUACGAAAUAUAAAAUAUUUGAUAUGAUAUGGUUCGCUUUAUAUCGCAAAACACUUGCUACUCCUAAAUGGUCGCAUAAUUGCUACUACAUGUAUGUUCUUAAGCAGAAGAUCUCUAUGCCUAAGUGAAACUCGACUAACCACAUAGUGAGUGAAAAUAUAACAGUUUUCUUGUACCACGUGUGGUUCAAGAACAGAUAUCGAAGUUGGAUUUUUAAACAACAACAUCAACAAAAUGGCUUCAAAUCCUAUGGAGCCACUUUUAAGGAAGUAUUUAGAGAUGCAAUUUGAAUCGAGGUGAAGUUAAGCAUCAUAUAACUCUUCCUCCAUUCAAUUUUGUACAGUCACAGGAAACAAAGUGCGAUAUUAUACCAAGGAGGAGGAAUUGAAAGUAAGGUUGUUAGGAAUAAAAUAUUAGUAUUCCAUUGUAAAAUGGAGCAAUUUAAAUGGUAACGUGUCAACCAUUUUAUCGCCAAUUGGAGUUCUGUUCAUUUUCUAAUCACAUUCACCGAUGUUCAAAUGAUAAUAUAUAAUGGAUUUCCUGGUGUCACUGAGUUCAGAUUAACAUUAAUUUACAUGUAUAAGGUCUUUUCUUUCUCUUAUCAGCAUAUCUUAUCCUUGGUACUGUCGUAAAUUUUACCUGAUCGCGUAGCGCUGACGUGUGAUAUUGUGAAACUAGGCACACUACAGCGCCUAUUUACUUUCAUUAAAUAUCGCAUUGAAGAUCAUUGUGUUACGAGUUCUAUAUAUGUAUGCAAUCAUAUUCUUGGGAAAACUAGAGCCAUUCAUGAAGAAUAGAGUUCCUUUCCUUUUCAUACGAGGUAAACUGUUGCAUUAAUGAUGAUUAAUGACGAAAUAUGUCACAUAGAUUGCACUUGAAAAUAAUGUAAGAUUACGAAUUUGUCAUGUCCUUAUCGUCUGACAGCUAACGAUGGUGAUGCCAGGUUUAUUUCAACUAUUUUUUUUUUCGUUCAUAUGAUAUUCAGCAGGAAUCAUUUCUGCCCUAAACUGGCCAGGAACAGAUAGAAAUUGUGUAGCCCGAUGAGAGGAAUGGAACUUAAUGGAGGUAUGAAUUUUCUCUCUUGAGUAGUAUGUUUGUUUUAGGGUUUUAUGAUUCCUACAAGUAAAUGAAAAGUGUACAAAUCAAAGUAAACGUCACACUUUGAAAUGUACGCGUUCACAUUCUUUGUUAGUUCUGGUGGACACCUUUAGGUCUUCGGAACAAAAGCCAAUGUCUUAUCACAAAUUUAUGCGGUAAAAGGAAAGGCUGUUGAAGAUGGUGAUCAUGACAAAAGACAAGCUGUCCGAACACUCUGGAUUAGUUUUUAGUGGUUCAAAGAGACAUCAUUAUGUAAGAGAAGACUGAUCGAUCCAUUACCUGAGGAAAGAGGAAAAAGUAGGGGGCUAGAGCUAACAUCGUAGAAUGGAGAAAAAAACAAAAUGGAAAACUAUCCUAAAUUAUGUUGAUGGAAUCUCUUAGCCUGAGUUAGAAAAAUAAGCAGAAAUAUUGUAAACCCUUAACUCCCAUGAGUAACUAAGACAGAAUUUCUCCUUACAUUAUCAAUACAAUACCAAAUAGAAAAAGGAUGAGAACAAAGUAAAAUGUCAGUUAGGGGAUUGUUAGUUGAUCCAAUGCAAUACCAUUCUCUCCAAACUGACAUCGUAAGAAUUAUAUGGCAGAUAGUAAGGAGAAUUACUAAUCAGAUUUUGGAAGUUGAAAGGUUAAUCAGACAGCAAACAAAUAUGCAUAUUUCAUCUGCCAUUUUCAAAACAACAAAUUGAAUUAAAAGGUUUGCAAGUUUGUUUGCCUUAUCUUAACCUUGGAUAUUAUCUGCACCUUCUGUCACACAUAUACAUUGAGAUGUUUGUUCGAUUACUCUGGACUGAAAACUCCAGUAUCCUGCGUUGUGUCUUAACCAAAACAUAUAGACGAAUUCUGGUUUAAAAUGGUAGAUCAUGAUUGGACAAAAACUCAUGCAUGAAGAGACAUUCCUUAGGCUUUCGAAUGACAGUUUUUGAACUGAAUUGUGCGUUAUGACAGCCAGAUCAUGUCACGGGAACGUCAAUGUUUUCCCGCUCGACCAAGAUGGCAAAGCCUCACAUUAUAAUCCAAUGAGAAUCUUCUUUCCCAAUAAAUUUGUCUCUGAACCCCCCAACGUCCUCAGAUCUAUUUCGUAAUUCUCCCCUUCAGCUGCUACCAGUUUUCUUCCGAAUAAUUUUUUGCACCCUCCCUCGUAUAGGCGUGUCUACUCUCAUGGCCUAACUACAGGUUAGCGAAUGAUAUAUCUAGAAGACGUUUCGUUUCCAACACUUAAAAAGCUCUUCAAGACCACGUUACAUUGCAUUUUCGUUUUUGACCAAUCGGAUUAAUUUGUCUUUGUUUACAGUCUUACGUAAUGGCCACAUCAAGCAGCAAAAUCUCAAUAUAUCAGAGAACGAAGAGAUAAAAAAAUCAUCUCUUACCGUCUCAGAUCAAACCGACGAGGAAGAGGAAGGAGAUCAUGUUACACCUCUGCCUGGUUCAACUGUAAAUCUUGAUAUAGUCAGUUGGCCAUCAGAAGAUACAGACCCAUCAGGGCAGGUCCGCGUUACAGUCAUACCUUCGGCUCAGGUUUGUGUGCUAUCAGCCUUUCUCUAAUUAAGUAGUUUUUUAAAUAAUUAUUUUUUUUACAUUUCUUCAGUAAGGUACGCCAAACAGUAAGGAAGACUAACGACGCUGUUAACGUCAAGUGCACUAACAUAAAUCUCAUUAUUUUUGUCGAAGGACGAAUCUAGAAGAAAAUCUCGUUAUUCAACAUAUCAGCAAUCUCCGCCAUUACUUAUUCCUCGGCCAGACAACCACCUUUGUCUGGCAAUAACUGCAAUAAUCUGUUGCUGCCUACCUUUUGGUGUGGUCGGAUUCAUUUGUGCACUACAGGUAAAAUACCCCAGAGGUAUACAUGCUCGUUUGCUGCGGCUGACACUUUGUUUUUACUUAUUUGAUUGGAUAGUGUUUGAAAUUUGAAGUGGACUUAAACGAAACCAAUACUAAAUGACCUGAAAAACCCACCAUGGCAAAAGGAACUAAGCUUUUAGGCUUUAAAAAUAAUUCUUCGAACAUUAGCGGUUAUCACGAAUCUCAUUCAUAUUUACUAUUUUGCUUCAAUUAAGAGAAAUGAAGAAAUAAAUUCAAAACCUCAAGACAGUGGUGACCGACCAAACACGGAAACAAAAAAAUCUCUGAAUAGAAAGGAAAUAAAAUUGAAUCAUACGGUCUUCUUAGCUGGAGUUUUCCUCACAGUGCCAUCUUGUUGAUGUUUGAAUAUUUUCAAAGAACAAGAAGAAUAACUUUAAAAUCUUAGAAAUCUCACCACUCCAUCGCACAAUUUUUAUUUCUGGUACCAAUCUUGUGCCAGGUCUCUUUUCACGAGUAACAAGGUUUUUUGCCAAGACCCAACGUCGACUGGAAAAGAGACUAGUACCAAUUUGCUUCCACUUCAUUUGAAACCACUCGAAGCAUUUGCUCUGCCUCAGAAGUAUAAUUAUCGUGACUGUGAUUAUUAGAUUUGUGAUACAGUCUGUUAUGUUCACCUCAUUACAGGUGGACAGAACCUACGAUGAUGGAAACAGAGAAGGUGCUGUGCAGAAAUCGAAAAAUGCAAAGUACUGGAGUAUGACGGCUAUUGUGUUUGGCAUGCUGGGAAUAGUUGGAGCGUCAUUUUAUCUGAUAUUCUUUCAUCUCGUUCCUUCUAUCUCAUAGUUUUUGGGAGUUCACUCCAAAUUUCAGGCGUGACUAAAUUUCAUAUCAAGCGAAACAAGAAUGGAGAAGGUUUGAUGAACCUCAGCGUAGAAUAUGCGACAGUCAAUCUGAGUCUCUGUUCAGUCCUGGCUUGGAGGUAGGACCAUCUGCAUGGGAUGAUGGUAUCAUAUCCUAAGGUUCUUCCUCGCUGGCCUUUCACCAGAAACUAGCGAUGCGCGUGUGGAUGGUAGAACCAAGAACAUGGUAGAAAUCUACCUUAAACAUAAGAUAAUCUACGAUCAACAAGAAGAAAAAACUUUAACGGAAGAGGUUGCGUUAUGGCCGAUGCAAAAAGGAGUGGUGUUUCGGACAGCACAAAACUACGAUAGGCAAACCUCUCAGCCUGAUCUAACUGCUAAGAGUCAGUUGGAUCGAUAAAGUCAAGUCAUUCAAAGGGUGAAUUUCUCAGAAAAUACUGAAAACAUACUUGAUUGCCUCAACAUCCUACAAAACCCCAUGUAAAUAACUCGUUUCGAUUUUCCUCUCUUAAUAAUUAUGCGAUUGUGCGUCAAACCAUAACAAUGAGACUUCAGCUUGUUAGUUUGAAGUAUGGCUCUCUUUACCAACCCUUUGACCUCUAAAACAGACCAGUAUCGUAUUUCUCCCCGCAAUAUAACCCUUGAAUCACGCAUGAAGGUCACGAGAAUAAAGGAAAUGAUCACCAACUAAACAAAUUUUCCAUGUGAGCACCUAAGGAAAUGCAUGAAGGACAGUUUGGAGAAUAUGUAUACUGAUGUUAAGGUGUAAGGAGUCAAGCGAAGUUGUCAUUCCGGCUUUCAAACACGAUUUUACGGCACAGCGGCAGACCCAGACGUAAUUAACUUUAACCAAAGAUACGAUGGGACCCCCUUCUAAAGACAUUUACAUUUUUUAAUCAUACGCUGGCAGCGAUAAAGCAAACGGAAGAAUGAGUUCCGAAACGCCUUCUGGUUGAAACCGAAAAAUUGCUUGAUGAACGAAAUAAUGUCAUUCUUUCAUUCGAACACUGAGUGCUGAAUCUCUGUGUCAAACAAAGAGAUUUUGCAAUACAGUACUGGUAAUUUACCUGUGCUCUGUCUUCAAUGCAUUAACCAAUGUAACUGUAACGUACUAUGAG